AAACCAAGUGCUUGAAAUGUUUGAUCAUGCAUAUAGCAAUUAUAUGGAGCAUGCGUAUCCAGCUGAUGAACUCAUGCCUUUAACUUGUCGUGGACGAGUACGGGGUCAGGAACCAAGUCGAGGGGAUGUGGAUGAUGCCUUGGGAAAGUUUUCACUGACCUUGAUUGAUACCUUGGACACUCUUGUGGUGUUAAAUAAAACCAAAGAGUUUGAAGAGGCUGUAAAAAAAGUAAUAAAGGAUGUUAAUUUAGAUAACGACAUAGUUGUAUCUGUCUUUGAAACCAACAUAAGAGUCCUUGGAGGUCUCCUAGGUGGGCAUUCAGUGGCGAUUAUGCUGAAAGAAAAAGGGGAAUAUAUGCAGUGGUACAAUGGUGAACUUCUGCACAUGGCCAAGGAACUAGGCUACAAGCUUCUACCUGCUUUUAACACCACUAGUGGUCUCCCUUAUCCAAGAGUUAACUUAAAAUUUGGUGUAAGACAUCCAGAAGCACGAACAGGAACAGAAACUGAUACCUGUACAGCUUGUGCAGGUACCUUGAUCCUCGAGUUUGCAGCUUUAAGCCGAUUCACAGGAACAUCUAUAUUUGAGGAAUAUGCACGGAAAGCACUUGAUUUUAUUUGGGAAAAGAGACAGCGCAGCAGCAAUUUAGUGGGCGUUACUAUUAAUAUUCACACAGGAGACUGGGUCCGCAAAGAUAGUGGAGUUGGAGCAGGAAUAGAUUCGUAUUAUGAAUAUUUAUUAAAAGCCUAUGUCUUGCUGGGAGAUGACAGUUUCCUGGAAAGAUUUAACACACACUACGAUGCCAUAAUGAGGUACAUUAGCCAACCACCUCUUCUUCUUGAUGUUCAUAUUCAUAAACCAAUGCUAAAUGCUAGGACCUGGAUGGAUUCUUUGCUAGCUUUCUUCCCUGGAUUGCAGGUGUUGAAGGGCGAUAUUAGACCUGCUAUUGAAACUCAUGAGAUGCUGUAUCAGGUCAUAAAAAAACAUAACUUUCUUCCAGAGGCGUUCACAACAGACUUUAGAGUUCACUGGGCUCAGCAUCCUUUAAGGCCUGAAUUUGCCGAAAGUACUUACUUCUUGUAUAAAGCUACUGGGGACCCUUAUUAUCUAGAAGUAGGAAAAACACUCAUUGAAAACUUGAACAAGUAUGCAAGAGUUCCUUGUGGGUUUGCUGCAAUGAAAGAUGUUCGUACAGGAAGUCAUGAAGACAGAAUGGACUCUUUCUUUUUGGCUGAGAUGUUUAAAUAUCUUUACCUGCUCUUUGCUGAUAAGGAAGAUAUGAUUUUUGAUAUUGAAGAUUAUAUCUUCACUACAGAAGCUCAUCUAUUACCACUUUGGCUUUCCACUACAAACCAAACCAUCUCUAAAAAAAAUAUGACUGCAGAAUACACAGAGCUGGAUGACAGCAACUUUGACUGGACCUGUCCGAACACCCAGAUUCUCUUCCCAAAUGACCCAAUGUUUGCUCAGAGUAUUCGUGAACCUUUAAAAAAUGUGGUGGAUAAGAGCUGUCCUAGGGGUAUUUCCAGAGCAGAAGAGAGUUUGGGAAGUGGACCAAAACCACCACUGAGAGCCAGAGAUUUCAUGGCCAGUAAUCCGGAACACUUGGAGAUACUGAAGAAGAUGGGAGUCAGUUUGAUUCAUCUGAAAGAUGGAAGAGUACAAUUAGUACAGCACGCAGUGCAAGCAGCAAGUUCCCUUGAUGCUGAAGAUGGCUUGCGGUUCAUGCAGGAAAUGAUUGAACUCUCCAGUCAACAACAGAAGGAGCAACAGCUACCUCCUCGUGCUGUUCAAAUUGUUUCCCAUCCAUUCUUUGGCAGGGUGGUGUUGACUGCUGGACCAGCACAAUUUGGGAUGGACUUAUCCAAACACAAAGCAGGGACAAGAGGAUUUGUUGCAACCGUUAAGCCAUAUAAUGGAUGCUCAGAGAUCACUAAUCCUGAGGCAGUGAAAGACAAAAUUGCUCUGAUGCAGAGAGGCCAAUGUAUGUUUGCUGAAAAGGCACGAAACAUUCAAAAAGCUGGAGCAAUAGGUGGCAUUGUUAUUGAUGACAAUGAGGGAAGCAGUAGUGACACAGCUCCUCUCUUCCAAAUGGCUGGUGAUGGAAAGAAUACAGAUGAUAUCACAAUUCCCAUGCUCUUCCUCUUCAACAAGGAAGGAAACAUUAUCCUGGAUGCAAUCAGGGAGUAUGAGGCUGUGGAGGUGCUUCUUUCUGAUAAAGCAAAAGACAGAGACUUGGAAAUGGAGAAUAUGGACCAGAAAUUAUCUGAAAACGAUUCACAUAAACAGAAUUCAGAAGAAGCUACUUCAGCAUCUCAGGAUGUUGGUGUGGUCAGUGAGGAGCCUGAAGAAGGAGAAAACUCUGAUGUUACUGACACAGAUUCUUUAUCUCCUGCUCAUGUGGACAGUGACAGCAUUUCUGUUUCAAGUCAGGACUCCUACGCCCCUGGAACUGAUGAGACUAGCGCACCGGAGCCAGCAUGUACGCAAGGGGAUCACCAGCCUCAGGAACAAAAGACUGAGACAGAGUCAAAUUCCAAAGUUAACUGGGAUAAUAAAGUCCAACCUAUGGAAUCCAUAUUAGCAGACUGGAAUGAAGACAUAGAAGCAUUUGAAAUGAUGGAAAAGGAUGAGCUAUGACUUGUGAUAAUAACUUAUUUGUUAGGAAACAAAUGGAGAACUCUUUGGGUAGAAGUGAGGUCCUGAUAUCUGAGAACUAGAAAACAUAUUCAGUAUUGUGAUGAGCAACCAGGUUUCACCUGGAAAUUACCACAGAAAUCCAGCACGCGCUCUUUGUAUUGUUUUAAUUUUUCCUGUUUGAAAAUGGGAAUGUGCAAUUGAA